UACGUGCGUGCGUACGUGCGUGCGUGCGUGCGUGCGUGCGUACGUUCGUGCGCGCGUGCAUGCGAGGACUUUAACGCGGGGACUCCCGACAUUGACAGUUGUCAAAAUUGCCAUGGCAGACACGACGGUCGACGCGACGCGCCGCUUGAACGUCAAGAAGCAAACGCUCGACGACGCCUACGCGGCCCCGGCGAACUUUCUCGAGAUCGACGUGAUAAAUCCGAUUACCCACGGCCUCGGCAAGAAGCGAUACACCGAUUACGAAGUCCGAAUGCGAACAAAUUUACCAGUUUUCAAAGUUAAAGACUCGAGUGUACGAAGGAGAUACAGUGAUUUUGAAUGGUUGAGAAAUGAAUUGGAACGAGACAGCAAGAUUGUUGUGCCUCCGUUACCAGGUAAAGCAUGGAAAAGACAAAUGCCUUUUCGUGGAGAUGAUGGAAUUUUUGAGGAAGAUUUUAUUGAAGAUCGAAGGAGGGGUUUGGAAGUCUUUGUGAAUAAAAUUGCUGGACAUCCAUUAGCGCAAAAUGAGCGAUGUUUACACAUGUUUUUGCAGGAAGUCUGUAUAGAUAAGAAUUACGUGCCUGGAAAAAUAAGGAAUACAUAGAUUAUGUAAAAUACAUUAGGCAAUAAGAACGUGAAAAUUCACUUAAUCAUGUUAGACACAUUCAUAUUUUAAUUAAUUUUUUUGAGAUGCUAUUUGGAGGUUCUCUCUGUCUCU